CCCGUGAUCACCACCAUCACCACCACCACCCUCGUCCUCCACCACAACCACCACAGCCAUUCUCUUCCGCUUAUCAGCGCGCCUGCCUGUCCCAGCUGCCCAUUUCCGCGUGUCUUCUGGUGCGGUGCAAAGGCUCGAGAUUGCACACCGGCACCUUGCAGCAGGCCUCGUUGUUCCAGCAUCUCGUGGUACGGGUGUCUGCACCACCCACAGCCUGCAGCCUCCCCACACGUCAAAGUGCCUCGCCAGCCGGCUUGCUUUUUCAGGCAAACUUCACCGCUACGUAUCAAGAGACAAAAUAGGCUGCAGAUAAAGACCGGCAAAACAGAAAGCUCCGUCUUGAACUAGAUCCGCCAUCGACACACAAACGCAUCUUUCUCUCCUCUCCCUCCGCCGUGGCUGCCCAUCCGAGUCACGGCCAUGGCAGACCACUCUAUCUUCCGCAUCACAAAGGAAAUCAGUGACCUCCAAAAGAGCUCGGAUUUGUCACUGGCUGUGGCUUUCCGUGACUCGGAUGUCCGCAAUGUCAGAGCCAUCAUCAUUGGGCCUCAUGAUAGCCCUUAUGAGUUCGGAUUCUUCGAGUUUGCUAUCAGAUUCCCAAAAGACUACCCAAGAAAAUUUCCUGCAGUGACAUCCAUGACGACGAAUAGAGGCCAGUGUCGCUUCAAUCCAAACAUAUACGCCUGUGGCAAGGUUUGUCUGUCCAUUCUUGGUACCUGGAGGGGUGAGCCAGGCGAAGAGUGGUCGGCUGCGCAAGGCCUGGAAUCGAUUCUGCUGUCUAUCCAAAGUCUCAUGUCCUCAAAUCCAUACGAAAACGAGCCUGGAUUUGAGAACAAACAUGGAGAAACAGACAAGAAGGAUCAGCUCGACUACGUCAGGAAGAUUCGACACGAGACUCUGAGGGUCACCGUCAUUAGACGACUAGAACAGCUUCUGGACAUUCCGGAACCAGGUGGGAAUCAACCUCCAGUGUUUGAACGUCAUGCCUAUGCCAUUGACGCUACAUACCAACAUCCGGACGACGUCGAGACCGCGUGGGAGCCUUUCAAGGAUCUCAUCAAACACAGAUUCUUAUGGCACUACGAGUCCUAUCUGGACGCCGUCAAUAAGGCACGAUUAGAAUCUCCUGAUGGCACUUCGUUUGCGCGAAUGCCCUUUGAGGGAGCCGGCAACUCCAUGGACGGGAAGUUCAACUACACGGCACUAGAGACGCGACUGCGUGCCAUCAAAGCAGCCCUUGAUCAGGAGGUAGUGCAGUGGACAGAGGAAGGCAAGGAGACCAAGAAUCUCGAAAGCACUGUGGGCAUCAACCUGGCUCGCCAGUACGAGCAAAUCCGUGAUGCGUUUAAGCAGAGCGGAGCUCCACGCAACGUGGAAAUUCUCGAUGGCAACCCAUUUGUGUGGAUCUUGACGUUCUUCGGGCGUCCCAUGACAAAUCUCGACGGCGGGAUGUUCCGCGUCCGACUGACGUUCAGCCCACGGUUUCCCGAGGAACAACCAAGAGUGCGCUAUGAGACCAAGGUCUUUCACCACCGAGUAAGCAAGGACGGCACACCAUGCUAUUUUCCUGGCAGCAGCCGCCGCGACGAUGUUAGACAGCACAUAGACGCCAUAAUCGAAGCGCUCGAGGAGGAAUCACCCCCUUACGACCCGCGGACUCUGGUUCACUUGGAAGCACACAAGCUCUUUUGGGGCGAUGCAGCCGAGAAGAAGCUCUACAACCGCAGGCUGCGCCGCUCAGUCCAGGACAGCAUGGAUGAAGCUUUCUGAGCUCUCGGACGUUGUGCGGUAGAUGUUGGCCAAUCAUGAUCUUUGACGGCGGGGCAUCCGUCAACAGGCUAUUAUUGAUCCUGCAUAGAGUCAUACUCCGCGGAACAUGUGGUCUCUAUGCUUAGCAUUCGUCCGUGACAAGGUUCAACCAUUCUACUGCCGUGCAAGCGCCACACGUCACUAGUAUUCCGCUUUGGCUUACGCGCGUUAGAAAGAAAUUGAGGACAUCGC